AUGUCAGGACGCAUGUCUGAGCCGUAUCCUCCACAGCCGAAGCACCAGUCCCAGCCCACCACGCCUGUUGCGGCUGCCACGCCUCCACCGCGUCCAGCGCAAGAACGUAAGACGUCCAGCCUUAUGCAGCUUUUGAACGAUGAUCCGCCUGCGCAACCUAAACGUGCCAGCACGCCCGUUAAGACCCCGGCGCAACCAUCCCCUUCGCCGCACCCCGGAUCCAUGCUUAGAAACUCGUCUGGACCGCCGCCGCCGACGGGUAUGGAACUGCGUCCCGACCCCAGCCCACGUAAUUACCACUAUGGAGAGUCUGCACCACCUGCCACCUCCGGCAUGCCACAGCUGAAGCCGAGUUAUACAGCUUCGCCGCAGGCUCAGCACCUCAACCCUCCAAGGUCCACCAUUGUCUCACCGCACGAGGCAGCUGUGGCAUCCGAGCGUGAGUCCUACUAUCGGCACCCGUAUCAACAACACGCCCAGCCUUCAGUUGCGAGCCCGCCUGCAGGAUCUCUUCACUAUGCCAACCCACCUCAGGCGCCACGGGACUCCUACACAAGCCAGGCUGCCUAUCCCCCAUAUGGUGGGGGCCCGACAUCACACGCUGGCUCCCCCCCUCCUUCGUACGCAUCCCAGCACCCGGGAUCGAGACCAAGGGACCCGCCACCGCCCAGUCGGGAGACGGCUUGGCCAUCGGGACCACAAGGCCAUAGCAUGAACCAAGGGCCGCCGGCACCGCAACAGCAAGCGGGAUGGCCAACGUCACAUGGCGCGGUUGCGAAGCAGGGACAGCAGGCACCGCCCCAACAGCCAUCGUGGGCAUCACCUCACGGCGGAGUGCAGAAGCCACCGACGCCGUCAUCCAUGUCGCAGCAGCCGUCAUGGGCAGCACCGCCUCCCCCUCAACAGCAGCAGCAGCAGCAGCAGCAGCAAGCACCGCCUCAGCAAGCGCAACAUCACCUGUCACUGCGAGACGACCGGGGCCCGCCGUCGAUGUAUGGAGGACCAAGCGGGCACCAACACUCGCACUCUAUGUCCGGCAGGUUCCCACCAACGUCUCGAGCACCAGAGCCCAUGGCUCCGCAGGCUCAGCAGGCGUAUCCGCCGCGCUACGCCACGCCAGGACCGCGCGACCAGGCGCCGCCCCGAAGCUACACACCCGUCUCAGCUUACGAUGGCCGGGGUCCGCCUCAAGCUCAAUAUGCGCCUGACCCGCGUGACCUGCAGAUGCGACCAAACGACAUGGUGCGGGAUCACAGGGACCUUAGAGGUGAUCCCAGGGAUCCCCGCGAGGCGCAACAACAGCAGCAGCAACAACAACAACAACAACAACAGCAGCAGCAGCAGCAGCAGCAGCAGCAGCAGAUGAUGGGUCGUCAGCUGCGGCCCCAUGAUGGCUACGAGAGGCAGCCAGACCGUUUUGGCCGGUAA